UGUUAUAGUAUUGUGCAAUUUUGUAUUGUAUAAUGACAACAAGCAUGAAACCCUCAAACUCCACGAAACGUCGCUGUUUACGGGGGUGGCUUUUAUUUUUGACGAACCGGAAGUCCCCGUGUUUUGAUAGAAGAAGCUGUCAUUUUCUCCUCUCCUUCAAGCAGUAGUUUGUAAUCAGAACCGAUGCUAUUUAAACAUCAAAUGUAACAAUUUCCCGGACAGCUAGAAUGGGAUCUACACUGAGACGCCUUCCUGGCGUCACGCCGUCAAAUGCGCUCCUCUCACUGCCUUUUUUAAUGACAUUUUUGUUGGUCGGGAGCCGCGGAGAGAGCAGUGCGAACACCGAAACUGAGAGGAUGGCCGAGGAGAGCCACCGACAGGACAGCGCUAAUCUGCUCAUAUUUAUACUGCUCCUAACGCUCACCAUUUUAACUAUAUGGCUGUUCAAACACCGUAGAUUUAGGUUCCUGCACGAAACAGGACUCGCCAUGAUCUAUGGCCUGUUGGUGGGUGUGAUCCUGCGGUUUGGCAUCCAUGUGCCCCAGAGCAUGACUGACAUGAUCCUAAACUGUGCUGUCAACGCCAGUCCUGCGUCUCUGUUGGUCAAUGUCAGCGGCCGAUUCUAUGAGUACACCCUGAAGGGGGAAGUCAGCCGAAGCAAAAGUCACCAAGUGCAGGAUGAUGAGAUGCUGAGAAAGGUGACAUUUGACCCAGAAGUGUUUUUCAACAUUUUGCUGCCUCCCAUCAUCUUCCACGCUGGUUACAGUCUGAAAAGGAGACAUUUUUUCAGAAACAUCGGCUCCAUCCUGACCUACGCUUUCAUGGGAACGGUUAUAUCCUGCUUUGUUAUUGGGUUGGUCAUGUAUGGCUUUGUGUCCUUCAUGAAAGCUGUGGGCCAGCUAGGGGGAGAGUUUUACUUCACCGACUGCCUGUUCUUUGGGGCCAUCGUUUCGGCAACAGACCCAGUGACAGUGCUGGCCAUCUUCAAUGAGCUGAAGGUAGAUGUAGACCUGUAUGCUUUACUCUUUGGGGAAAGUGUCCUCAAUGAUGCUGUGGCCAUCGUCCUCUCUUCCUCCAUUGUGGCGUACCAGCCUGAAGGAGACAACAGCCACAGCUUUGAAGCCAUGGCCAUGUUGAAAUCCUUUGGCAUUUUCCUGGUCAUCUUCAAUGGAUCCUUGGCUCUUGGAGUGGCCACUGGAGUCAUGACUGCUCUUGUGACCAAGUUCACUAAGCUGAGGGACUUCUCCCUUCUGGAGACCGCUCUCUUCUUCCUCAUGUCCUGGAGCACCUUCCUGUUAGCCGAGGCCUGUGGCUUCACAGGCGUAGUAGCUGUGCUGUUCUGUGGGAUAACUCAGGCUCAUUACACCUACAACAAUCUCUCUUCCGAAUCUCAGGACAGGACCAAACAGUUAUUUGAGCUGCUGAACUUCCUGGCAGAGAACGUCAUCUUCUCGUACAUGGGCCUCACUCUGUUCUCCUUCCAGUCACAUGUUUUCAACCCUUUGUUCAUCAUUGGAGCCUUUCUGGCAGUGUUUCUGGGCAGAGCAGCAAACAUUUACCCUUUGUCCUUCCUGCUCAACCUGGGCCGCAAAAACAAGAUCAGAUUCAACUUCCAGCACGUCAUGAUGUUUGCAGGUCUGCGUGGAGCAAUGACCUUUGCCCUUUCUAUCCGAGACACAGCGACUUAUGCCCAUCAGAUGAUAUUUUCAACCAAUCUCCUCAUUGUCUUCUUCACUGUGUGGGUCUGUGGAGGUGGCACCACACCCAUGCUGUCCUUCAUGAAGAUACCGGUGGGUGUGGACCCCGAUCAAGAAAACUCUAGUUCUGGGUCACAACGGAGGAACAACAAACACGAGAGCGCCUGGCCCUUCAGGAUCUGGUAUAACUUUGACCACAACUACCUGAAACCCCUCCUGACCCACAGCGGCCCUCCUCUCACUGCUACUCUGCCGGCAUGUUGUGGCCCGCUGGCACGAUGCCUCACUAGCCCACAGGCUUAUGAGAAUGAAGGUCAGCUUAACGAUGAUGACUCUGACUUCAUCCUGAAUGAUGCCAGCUCCAUGUACGCUGAUGUCACCGUCAGCACGGAUGCAUCUGGAUCAUAUGCUGUCAACUGCAAGCGCUCCUCCAUCGCCAGCACUGGGGUCGGCCCGUCUGACGAAGGUCUGGAUCAUGAGCUCACCUUGGCAGAAAAUGAAGUGGCAAUCAGGGGCACCCGUCUUGUCCUGCCCAUAGAUGACCCAGUAGAGCCCCCAGCCACAGUCACCCUGCCCCCGCCACCCUCUCCACCACACUCAGAGCCACACAGGCACAGAAUACUGGUUGACUUGACCUAAUGUUGACCUCCUGCUCAAAAUUCACUGGUGGAGAAGGCUCAAAAAGGAGAAACCCUGGAUUUUGAUUGGCUAAGAAUGGAGCAACAAGACGAGGACAGUGGCCUCUUCAUAUGAGCGGUACUAAAAACAGCAAAUAUUUUCCACAACUAGACUGUGGGUAAAUUUGCUAUGAAUCAACUAGUUAAUGGACAGAAAGCUAAAUGGCAGUUACUUUAAUUUGCAAGCCGUUUGUUGAAUUGUCUCUUAUGUUGCUGUUUCAUUUUUCAAGUAAAAACACUGAACACUGGUUUCAGAUUCUCAAUUUUGAGGAUUUUCUGCUUUUCUUUGUCAUAUAUGGCAGUAAAGAGAAUACCUUUGGGCUUUGGACAUUGUAAUUGGCAUUUGUCACAGUUUUUGUACAGCACACUAUUCCGAUAGACUAAAGAAAAUCAGAUGAAUCAGUAAAGGGAGCUUCCAUUACAAAGUUUAGGAGCAUCUCUGCUAUCCUAAAGUUCAGCACUGCCUGCCUCUUCUCGUCUUUUUAAUUAAUGAUGUAUUUAUUUAACUAAAAUUAUUUAUUUAUAUAAUGAUUUAUUUUUUGUGGUGUGGCAUUAAUGAUUCUCUUGCCUUGAUCUUAAUAGGACUGCUCGGUGGUGAAAUGCUGUUGUUAUGCACGUUUUCCUAAAAACUACUCCAUGCACAUUGUACAGUAGGGAAUUCAUGAGGGAAGUGGGUGUUCAUUCCAGGAGGUUGUUGACCUCUACAGUGUGCGCAUGUUAAAGCUAUCUCCUCCCUGUACUGUAGCAAAUGUUUUGUCUUUAUACCUGGAAGCUGCAGGUCUCCUGUGUGUGUAUUUACAUGUGUAAGUGUGUGUGUGUGUGUGGUGAGUGACUGAUGCGGCCAAAUCUACUGAUGUGGUUAUUAGGGCUCACGUCUGUAUCUGGGCUUUCUGUUGUCAUCUAGUUUAAUCUUCUUUCUUAAAGGAAAAAGUAACUGUUGUGUGAUGUUGUAUUAUCAAAGAUGACUCUGAGGGC